AUGGUCAAAACAUACGGCUAUAAUAGCGUGAAGCACGGCCUCGACUUUGCCGCAGACCUCAAGCUCGGGCAGUACAUGAAGAUCCCUCCCCGUCUCCUCUUCUGGGCCCAAAUCUACGCAUCACUCUGGGCAACGGCGACCCAAGUGGGCGUCUUACGGUGGAUGAUGGGCAAUAUUAAGAACCUCUGCUCGCCCACGAACCCAGACAGGUUCACCUGCGCCGGUGCCAAGGUGGUAUACAACGCAUCCCUGAUCUGGGGCACCAUCGGGCCUCAGCGCAUGUUCCAGCCCGGGCAGACGUACCACAACCUGCUCUACUUCUUCCUCAUCGGCCCGGUGGUCACCGUCAUCGUCUACCUCCUGUACCGUCGCUAUCCCAAGUCAUGGAUCAAGUACAUCAACCCGCCCAUCUUCUUCAACGCGGCAGGCAACAUCCCGCCCGCGAACACGACGCAGUACUCGCUCUGGUUCAUCGUCGGCUUCCUGUUCAACUUCCUCAUGCGUAAGCGCGCGUUCGCGUGGUGGAAGCGCUACAACUACCUCCUCCAGGCGGCGCUCGACUCGGGUGUGGCGCUCGCCACGAUCAUCAUCUUCUUCGCCCUGUCCUACACCAACACGCAUCUCAGCUGGUGGGGCAACAAUGUCGGCAAGAACACUAUGGACGCGAAGGGGACCCCGGCGUUCACGGUGCCGAAGGGCAGCCACUUUGGCCGUGGCGUGGGAGAGUUCUAG